AUGCAAAGAAAUAAUAGGUUAAGAAAUUUGUUUACAGUGCCAGUAAUAAUGGCUCGACAACUCAAAAGGAAUGCAUUAUCUGCAGGUCUUGCUUUUGCAGGUAAUGCAACCUCAAAUGAGUUUGAUGAACAUUUGCAAAAUGAGGUUGAAAGAGAGAGGGAAAUUCAAAAGAAAAAAAAAAUAAAGCGAACUCAAUCAAAAAAAUCGCCAGAUUUGAUUAAUAAAUCUACUUUUCAAUCACGAACGAUAGGCAGCAAAAAAGAGAAACAUAGACAACUAGAUCCAGAGUAUGAAAUUGUCAUCGAUGGCCCUCUAAGGAAAAUCAAGCCCUACCAUUUUACGUACAGGACCUUUUGCAAAGAGCGUUGGAGAGAUAAAAAAUUGGUUGAUGUCUUUAUAUCUGAAUUUCGAGAUCGUGAAUCUGAAUAUUAUAAAAGAACAAUCGAAAACGGGGACGUUCAUAUAAACGAUGAAACUGCGGACUUAUCUACUGUAAUUCGCAAUGGUGACCUGAUUACGCAUCAGGUACAUAGACAUGAACCUCCAGUCACUUCCAGGCCUAUCAAAGUUAUUUUUGAAGAUGAUAACAUAAUGGUUAUUGAUAAACCGAGCGGUAUACCUGUUCACCCAACUGGCCGAUAUCGGUUCAAUACAAUUACGAAAAUGCUUCAAAAUAAUCUCGGAUUUGUUGUGAACCCAUGUAAUAGGUUAGAUAGGCUUACAAGUGGAUUAAUGUUUUUGGCAAAAACUCCGAAGGGAGCCGAUAAUAUCGGCGAUCAACUAAAAGCUCGAGAAGUCACUAAGGAAUACGUGGCCAAGGUAGUUGGAGAAUUUCCAGAAACGGAAGUAAUUGUUGAAAAACCUCUAAAACUGAUCGAGCCAAGGCUUGCUCUUAAUGCAGUUUGUCAAAUGGACGAGAAAGGAGCCAAACAUGCAAAAACUGUUUUUAACAGAAUCAGCUACGACGGUAAAACGAGUAUUGUAAAGUGCAAACCGCUUACCGGGCGAUCACAUCAAAUUAGAGUACAUUUACAGUACUUAGGCCACCCAAUUGCUAACGAUCCUAUUUAUUCCAAUGAUGAAGUAUGGGGUAACAAUCUCGGAAAAGGCGGCCAGGCUGACUUCGAUAUAGUUAUUACUAAGCUAGACGAAAUAGGGAAAAGAAAACCUGCUAAAAGUUGGUUCCAUAGUAAUGGCGGGUACGGUGAGGUAUUAAGGCAAGAAAAAUGUUCUAUUUGUGAAUCUGAUUUGUAUACUGAUCCUGGCCCCAAUGAUCUUGAUCUGUGGUUACAUGCCUAUCUAUACGAAUCAACUGAGACUGAAGAAGGAACCGAAAAGAAAAAGUGGUGCUACAAAACAGAGUAUCCAGAAUGGGCUCUGAGAAGAUAG